AUGGCCGCCAGUGUUGCAGCAACCAUAUUCAAUGUUUUAGUGAUAUUCUGUGCCACUAAGCUAUUUCGGCGAAGCGGCGACACUAUGCAUUUAUUUAUCAUAAGUAUGACCAUUGGCGAUUUACUACUGACAGUAUUCUGUCAUCCGAAUGAAUUUUUAAUACGUAAGCACGAGUUCUUGCAACACGCUCGCCUAUGCGCAAUAAUCCAUUUCUGCAACUGGUUGGGCCUGGCGGUAUCGGGCCUCUCAUUGACGAUGCUCAAUCUCGAUAAGCUCAUCUACUUUCAAUGGCCACUUAGCUACGAUCGAACCAUGUCCAAAAGCAGAGCCGCUAUUUUAUAUGUCACUUGCGUUUGGGUGUUCAAUGUAGUUUACAUUGGAAAAAAUUGUAUUUUACAAAUGACCAGUCAAAAAAUGUAUUUUUAUGAUAUUUUUAUGGUGAUGUAUUGUGUGCUGCCAGUCACUUCAUCGCUUAUUCUUAGCUGUUAUCUAUAUCAACUUACACAUGAAAAACGUCACAGCCCGGCCGCAAUUGGACAAUCCCGUGAGACGCGAAGGUUCAAAAGUAAAAUGAGAUCAUUGGUGUUUAUUUUCGCAACAACAGCUUGGACAGCAUUCAGUCUUCUGCCAUAUCGGAUAUUCAACAUUUGCCGGAUGCAUCUGUUCGAAUGGAAUGAGCUGGACUGUAGCACGCAGGACAUCAUGAACUGGCUUGCCUAUGUGCUCCAGUAUCUCCUUCUACUCAAUCCGAUAAUAAAUCCAUUAAUCACAGCAUUAAUCUAUGCACCUUAUCGGUUGACUCUGAAACAAUUUUUGGUCAAUAUACCAAUCAGGAAUCGCUCAUUUUACUACCGCGAAAACCAGACAGACGUGAGGUAG